AUUCUGAAGGUUGCACUACAUGGUGUUACUUCGCUUCACCAAGAGACAACUGGUGGUCUGAAGACAAAUGCCCAGAAAUGGAACUUCAAACAUGUCACACCAGGAUGUAUCACAUGGGCCACUGUCAUUUCAAUUUUUCUGCUGUCGCCUGACACAGAAUUUCAGAAGUCUGGCUUAGGAAAGUCAUCCAAUAUUAACUACAAGGAUCUAUUCUUCCACUAUAAGAAGCUCUUACUCACAAAGUGGGAUAGCCAUCACAUUCAAAUCAUUGUGCAAAACAUCAACCAAGAUAUUUUCAGCUCCACAAAAUUUUCUACUUCUGCAGUUGGUCAGGAAGAUCACUCCAGCAAAAUAAUUCAUGCCAUGAAUGCACUCAAUAUGGAUACUGACAGCAAGUCAGAUGAU